CGGCUCUGAGGUCCUCAUCCGCAUGCUGCAUCUGGGGCAACGUGAUUUGGACUGUGGCAGUGAGAGAGCCGGGGACCUGCAGACAUGCCCAAAUCCAAGCGGGAUAAGAAGGUUUCUUUAACCAAAACAACCAAAAAAGGUCUUCAGGUGAAGCAGACCCUGAUAGAAGAGCUGCGGAAAUGCGUGGACACCUACAAGUACCUCUUCGUGCUGUCCGUGGAGAACAUGAGAAAUAACAAGUUAAAGGACGUGCGCAAUGCCUGGAAACACAGCAGAUUAUUCUUUGGGAAGAAUAAAGUGAUGACGGUGGCGCUGGGGAAAGGGCCCUGCGAUGAGUAUAAGGAUAACUUACACAAGCUCAGCAAGUGUCUUAAGGGUGAGGUCGGGAUCCUCUUCACCAACCGCACCGAGAAAGAAGUCCAAGAGUGGUUCGAUGAGUUUAAGGAGGUGGACUUCUGCCGAGCAGGAAACAAAGCCACGUAUAGUGUGGUUUUUGAUGCUGGGCCUUUGGAACAGUUUCCACAUUCAAUGGAACCACAGUUAAGACAGUUGGGACUUCCCACCGCACUAAAGAAAGGAGUGGUCACGCUGCUGUCGGAUCACGAAGUGUGUAAGGAAGGAGAUGUAUUGACGCCAGAACAGGCUCGGCUAUUGAAACUCUUUGGAUAUCAAAUGGCGGAGUUCAAAGUUGCUAUUAAAGCCAUGUGGGACGCAGAGACCGGAGAAUUCAAAAAAUUCAUUGAGGGAAAGGAUGAAUCGAGCGGAGACGAGAUGGAUGAUGAUAAGAAUGAGGAUGAUGAUGAUGAUGAUGAGGAGGAAGAAGGCAAAAAUGAAGAUAAUUAGAGGGACUCUUGGACCUUCUGCUGACACGAAGGGGUUGUGUAAAUGAGUAAACUGGCGGAUCUGCCCCAGCGUGAAUCUGAGUUUUUUUUAAGUACAUUACAGGGCUGCUGGGGUUUAAGAACAUUUCGAGCCCCGCGUUAACCUCUACCUAUCGCUGAGUUCUAGGUGAGAAGCCCAUCGCGACCUCUCCCUAUAUGUGGUCUCGAGGAGCAGGGUCAUUGUCACCAUUACAAAGCCAGUAAACUAGUGGGAGGUGGGAUCGGUGUGGACUCGUCACGUGGCGGAGGCGCCGGUAUUUUGGGGAUCUAUCCCUGUCCCUUCUCUUACCCAGCUGUGUAUUAAAUCCUUUCCAGAGUGACCGUUCUCAUCAAGCUGUUACUGUGUUUUAACAGAAAACAUUUGUACCGACGCCUGUAUAUAAAACAAAAUGAUUUAAAA